AGUUUUUGCAGAGGAGUCGUUUUGUUUAUCGAUACUUUGUAGAUUUUGUUAGCAAUUAAUAAAUUUAAGCGAGCGGAAAAUACGCAGGAAGCCAGAAACCAGUGAAAACUUGCCCGAGGGACACAGGAGGCGUGGGGUCCACUUGGCCAUAUCAACUAUCAAUCAAAUCAGAUCGAACCGAGCUUUCGAUUCGGCUAAUUUCGCCAUCGGGCACAAUUUCAUCACUGCACACGUGUCUGGAGCUUCGCUUGGAAAUUGGACACCUCCGUGGAUUGCGGACAACCACGAAGGGGCUCUGGGACAUUCCCAGCAGUCGGCGGCGGGCAGAAAGAGACUUUUCCGGCGGAGAAGAGGCUGCAGCAGCUAAUUCGAGCUGCUGCCCAGCGGAGGCGACCGUGGGAGCACCGGACUUUCCAUGGCUGAAUACUGGCAGCAUUUGACCAACGGCGCCGGCGGAUCAGGCUCGGGAUCAGCAGGAUCGCCUGCCAUGGCCGCGUUGAAUGGAGGGCACGAGACGCCGGCGACGGGUGGUUCCAACAACACCUCGAACGGCAACAACAACUAUGUGAACUUCAAUCAGUUCAUAAUGCAGCACAAUCUGGGCGGUGGAGCACCCUCGAAUGCCGCAGGCACCAUGCAACAUCCACUUGGUAGCAAUAACAUCAACAGCAACUCAAACUACUCCCUCGGCGGCGGCGGAGGGGCUUUUGGACUGAAUCCACCAGUGGCACAAGGGAACACCAACAACUUCACAAAUUUUUAUUCGCAGCCCAUCUUCCCAUCGUAUUCAAAUGGCGAAGGCGUUGCCGCCUUUUCCAACAGUUACGGGUCGGACAAUCCGAGCAGCAGCACUUUUUCGAGUCUUUACACCCCGUUUGGCAAUAAUCCAUUUGACUUCAGCGCUUCCAAGCUGCAGGCCUCAGCGCCCGAAUUCGUGCCCAGUAUGGCCAAGCUAAGUCUAGAAGAGACUCCGACGGCCGCAACGAAUGGGAACAGCACUGCCAGCCAAGAGACUGCCAUAAAUGAAACGAGAUCUAGGAGCUUACAAGCAGAUGGAGCUGCUGAACGAGGAGCCAACAACCAUCGUUCGAACCAGAAUUACGAAAGGGAGCGAGACAGGGACUCGCGUCCAGGCAGCACGCGACAGCAACGACGCUCUGAUUACCGCGAAGAUCGGGAUGAUCGCAGAGAAAGGGAGGAGCGAAGGGAGAGAGAGGAUCGCUACGAAAGAAACGAUCGCAGAAGGCCACAGAAGCAGCAACGCUACGACAAUCAUCGGAGCAAUAAACGCAGGGACGACUGGAACCGUAACAGGGAUCGCAUCAACGGGUUUCCCCGGGCCGUCGACGAUCUGGACACGAGCAACGAGAGUGCCCACCCAUCACCCGAAAAGCAGUCACAACAGCAACAGAUUUCGCCCAGAAGAGCUCCACCGCCCCCACCGGCGGACAACGAGAAGCUAUCGCAGCGAGAAAAACUCAUCCGCGACAUCGAGCAACGACGUCUGGAGUGCCUAGUUUGUGUGGAGGCGAUCAAGGCGCAUCAGCCCACCUGGUCGUGUCAGAACUGUUACCACUUGCUUCACCUAAAGUGCACCAUCACCUGGGCGAGCAGCUCCAAGUCAGAAGUGGGCUGGCGUUGUCCAGCCUGCCAGAAUGUGCUGCCGGAGCUGCCCCGCGAGUAUCUGUGCUUCUGCGGCAAGCUAAAGAAUCCUCCGGUGUCGCGAACGGAGCUGGCCCACAGUUGCGGGGAGGUUUGCUGCCGAAUCGAGGGCUGCAGUCACGCGUGCACUUUGCUCUGCCAUCCCGGUCCAUGUCCGCCUUGUCAGGCCAACGUGGUUCGUAGCUGUGGCUGUGGGCGCAGCUCCAAAACCAUGCAGUGCGCCAUGAAGGAGGAGCUCCUCUGCAACGAGAUCUGCAAUAAGACGCUCAACUGCGGCGAGCACAACUGUCAGUCGGAGUGCCACUCGGGCAAGUGCGCCGCGUGUCCCGAGCAGGUUGAGCAGCACUGCCACUGCGGCAAGCAGGAGCGCCAGGUGCCGUGCACGCGCGAGAACCAGGAUAAGCGGAGCUACUCGUGCAAGGAGAGCUGCGGCAAACCGUUGCCGUGCGGUAACCACAAAUGCAAGGACUCCUGCCACGCGGGCAGCUGUAGGCCCUGCAAGCUGAGUCCCGAGCAGAUAACCAGCUGUCCCUGCGGCAAGAUGCCUAUACCGGCGGCCCAGCGUACGAGCUGCCUGGAUCCCAUCCCCACUUGCGAGGGCAUCUGCUCCAGAACGCUGCGCUGCGGGAAGCCGGCGCAUCCGCAUCAAUGCGGCAGCAAGUGCCAUUUGGGCCAGUGUCCCCCGUGUCCCAAGCAGACGGCGGUGAAGUGUCGUUGUGGUCACAUGGACCAGAUGAUCAAGUGCCGGCAGCUGUCCAGCCGAGCAGAUGAUGCCCGUUGCAAGCGACGCUGCACCAAGAAGCGCAGCUGUGGCAAGCACAAGUGCAACGCCGAGUGCUGCAUCGAUAUCGACCACGCAUGUCCGUUGCCCUGUAACCGAACUCUGAGUUGUGGCAAACACAAGUGCGACCAGCCGUGCCACCGCGGCAAUUGCCCGCCAUGCUACCGCAGCAGCUUCGAGGAGCUCUAUUGCGAGUGUGGCGCUGAAGUGAUCUAUCCACCAGUGCCGUGUGGCACCAAGAAGCCCAUCUGCAAGCGCCCCUGCUCGCGCCCCCAUCCCUGCGAGCAUGCGCCGCAACACAACUGCCAUUCGUCGGCCACCUGUCCGCCCUGCAUGAUAUUCACCACGAAGUUCUGCCACGGCAACCACGAGCAGCGCAAGACCAUUCCCUGCUCGCAGCCCAACUUUAGCUGUGGCAUGGCCUGCGGCAAGCCGUUGCCCUGUGGCCGCCACAAGUGCAUCAAGCCGUGCCACGAGGGUGCCUGCCAGUCAGCAGGAGAGAUUUGCCGCCAGAGCUGCACCAAGCCGCGAAACAAUUGUGGGCACAAGUGCUCGGCUGCCUGUCACGAGGGAGCCUGUCCAGAGACUCCCUGCAAGGAGCUGGUUGAGGUUCAGUGCGAGUGUGGCCACCGGAAACAGAGUCGCAGCUGCCAGGAGCUGGCCAGGGAGCACAGUCGUAUAGCCACCGCCCAGCUGGCCUCAUCCAUGGCAGAGAUGUCGCGUGGAAAUUACAUGGAGCUCAGUGAGAUUUUGGCUCCCGCUAAAGCCAACAAGUCUAAUAGAACUUUGGAUUGCAACGAUGAAUGCCGCUUGCUGGAGAGGAAUCGUCGCCUGGCUGUGGCCCUGUCCUCAGGAAAUCCCGAUACAAAGCAAAAGUCCCUGACCAAGUACUCGGAGUUCGUGCGUGGCUUCGCUAAGAGAAACCCGGCGCUGACCAAAAGCGUUUACGAGACGCUGAGCGAUCUGGUGAAGUUGGCCAAGGAGAGCAAGCAGCGGUCGAGGAGCCACUCCUUCCCCACAAUGAACCGCGAGAAGAGGCAGCUGGUGCACGAGCUAUGCGAGAUAUUUGGCAUAGAGUCGGUUUCCUAUGACAAGGAACCCAACCGCAAUGUAGUGGCCACGGCCCAUAAAGAAAGGUGCUGGCUGCCUGCCACGAGCAUCAUGGAAGUGCUGGCUCGCGAGUCCGGACAGCGUCGUGUCCCGGUGCCCAGCAACAAUGCAUGGGGCUUGAAGAAGUAGAUCUAAUCCAUCUGGAUAUUCGUAUACUGAGAUAUUCUAAAUGUUUAAUCGUUGGCGCUGGAAAAUAGUACUUUUAAUUGGAUGCAAGCGAUGUGGAACAGGAGCCUGGAUGAACUACUGAUAUCGAUCCUGAAUGAGAGAAAGCCAAGUGCGCUGCGAGGACAAUACACAAGGAUUGUUGCCGUUAUCACGUAUCUUUUGUAAAUUAUAACGAAUGUUAGUUGAACCCUAGAAUGCUAAAUGUUGAAUACUGAAUGAAGUGAACUGGAUGCGCAGGCACAAAUAUGAAGAAUGCUGUUAACCAAUCUGUUGUACGAUGAAUUUAUCCAAAAUUGAAACUCUCUGACCACGUUGCAUCUAACUAAUUAAAAAAGAAAUAGAUCAGAGGGAUAAAUAAAUGAGAAAAUAGAGCCGAGGGAAA